UUGCUACAGCAGCUUCUGCUCCAAAAUGAAAGCAAAUCUUUUCAAACUUGUAUGAAAUAAUUACAAGUGUGACGUACCGGUUUCUAUUUUCCCGAUAUUUUACCGUGUACAAUAUUACACGAUGCUGUUUUUGCGUUCUUUUCCUAGAUGUAUGAGUCAUUAUGUUAAACAAUCACAAUUACACACAAGUGUUAAGUUUCUAUCUACCGAUGAGUCGUCGUCGUCGUCUUCUGAAUCUUCAGAUUCGGAUUCUGAUAAGGAGACAAAAGUAAAUGAACCUAAAAUCAGCGCAAAAAGUCAGAAGAACGAUGAGUUUUUAAAUUCGGAAAAAACCAAUGAGAGGUUAAACGCAUUGUUACUUAAAAUAUCUCAGAAUUCUACAAAAGUUAAAGAAACUUCCAAAACUGAUACUACACCAGCUGAAACUACAAUACCUGCUAGUACUCCAGGUAUUAUAGAUGUGGCACUAAAACCAAGAAGCGUUCGAUUUAAAAAGUCAGUGGAUGAACAGAAAAAAAACGUCCCAAUAGAAAAACAAAUAAUUGGAGCCGCAAAAGAUGUAGCCAAGAGCAUGGGAGGUGAUACUAAAAAAACAGAAAUAGAACUGCUCGGGCAGAUAUUAAAUUUAGGUGAGAAGGAACCACAAGAAAAUAAGAAAACCGAGGCACCUAAAGAAACUUCCGAACAAUCAUUAAGCCUUGGUGACUUACUAUCAAGCAUGAAAGUAGAUAAGCCCACAGUCGGUGAAGAUAGAAAAAAAAUGAUGGCAAGGAAAGUAGGAGAUCGUUCUACUGAAAAAUCCGUAGCAGGAUCUCUGUUGUAUCAAAAGUUAAUGAAGAAACCAAGUAAUAUAAGGGCCGAACCAUUGAGUAAGGUAGAGUUGAAUGCUCCGUGUACGGGAUUGCACAUAUUUAAAAAUAUGCCAAAAGAAGAGCCACAACAAACACUCCGACUGUUGACAUGGGAAGAAAUGGAAAAGAAGGAAAUGCAAAUGGCAACCUUCAUUUCUCCUCAGAACGUUUUUCAAGAGUUAAUACAGUGGACAGAGCAGGGAAAAUUAUGGCAUUUUCCUAUCAAUAAUGAACAAGGGCUGGAAGAAGAGGAAAAAGUUCAUUUUACCGAACACGUCUUUUUGGAACGUCACUUGAAAGACUGGUGUCCGAAAAAGGGUCCAAUCAGCCACUUCAUGGAACUAGUCUGCACAGGCUUAUCAAAGAAUCCUUACAUGACUGUUGAGGAAAAAAUCGGCCACAUAACGUGGUACAAAAAUUAUUUCGAGGACAAGAAAGAGCUGUUACGUGAAACUGGAGCUCUGGGAGAAAAGGAACCUCUUCCAGGAAAUCAAAUAGCAGCCUGA